AUGGCUCCUGUCAGUCAUUUGCUAUCUCAGUUGAGAUACUUGACACUCCCCGGCUCUCAUGUGGACUCGCUUUCUAUAAAGUAUGAUGAUGGUGAUAACGUUCCUUGGGAUGAUGCUAAUGGGUUGAAUUUGGCACUUCUUGUGGUACUUUCUUCAUCUUUGGGGGCUUUAAUCAUUGCAUUGUUGGUGAUUGGAGUAUACUUUAUUUGCUUAUACGUAGCCAAUGGUGGUGAUAGUUUCUCAGCAACCACAUUCCAAAUUCCGGGAACAUCAGCAGCUGAUGAAGAAACAUUUAGAGAAGAAGAACAACGAUACAUUCCAUUGCUUCCUAAAAGUGACCAAAAACUCUAUUUCCGCUCCAAAGCUUUUGAAGAGCAGUAUCCUCCAAAUAUCUCCAAGAUGGGCAAAGAAAUUACCCUUGAACAACAACAAGCAAUCGAUGAUCGAGGCCUUGAUGCCUUUCAAUUUGAACAAGACCACGAGCUUUUAAAUCCUAGAUUUAUCGUGGAAGAUAAAACGGAAGUUGUGUUUAGUUCCAACCAGCCAGGGUGUGCGGUGUUGAAUCUUCCACUCCCCGUGAAGUCGCGUGAGCGUGAUACCAUUUAUUUUGAAGUGAAACUUUUUGAACUUCCAGGAUAUGAUCCUUCUAAAAUCGAUACUACGUCCACUGAGGAUAAAGGACUUGUUGAUAGAAGUCAUAUGGACGCGUCAUUGGAACCGAUUUUUGAUAUUGGGUUGGUCACUAGACCGUAUGCGAAUUUCAGAUUGCCUGGGUAUAACAAGUACUCGGUAUCUUAUGAAAAUAAUGGUAAGACAAGGAUCAAUAGACCAUUUGAUAAUGCUCCGUGUAUCUUGCCCAAACUUACCGAAGGGGAUGUUGUUGGUGUAGGGUUCCGUCCAUCUAGUGGGUCGGUAUUUUUCACAAGAAAUGGGAAAAAGUUAUAUGACGUGAUUCAUGGGAUGAAAUUGAAUUUGUAUCCAGCAAUUGGUGCCAUUAAUUGUGCUAAUUGUAAAUUUCAGGUGAAUCUCGGACAAUUAGGAUUCGUAUUUAUCGAAGCUAAUGUCAAGAAAUGGGGGCUUGCUAAGAAUUUCGGGACUUUAGGGGCCCCACCAGCGUAUGGUGUCGAUAAUGAAUCCACAACAUUGUUGGCUAAGGGUGAACCGAUCCCCCCAAGUUACCCAUCACAAGAGGAUUUCUUUGGUGGAUUUUUCAAAGUUGGUACUACCAAACAAUUCACAGAUGCCAAUGAAAAAACCCCACUUCUAGCCGAUGACCAUCAGAACCCAUCAUAUCAAGGAGUCAGCAAUGUCGUUCCGACUUCUCGUCCACCGAGCUAUUCUUCAGGGGAUGGUUCUUUCUCAGAAUUGAAAGGAUCAUUGAUUCGCGAAGAAGAAGAAAUCAACCAAGAUACCCCAGAUUCCCACGUCGAUUUACGUCAAAGACUUUAUGAACAGCGAUCUACCGCGUACGGCCACGAAGACGAUACUACUAGUUUUAUUGAUCAAACAAACCAUCUUGCCCUGAUCAAUUACCAUGCCAACGAAGGGACUUCGGCGCAAUUAUUCAACAAAAGUAAUUCAAGGAAAGUCGUUUCGUCACCAUCAUCGUCAUCAUCUUCAUCAUCAUCUUCAUCAUCAUCACCAUCACCAUCGAUAUUUUUCUCCACCAAUAAAUCUGCGGUACCUACAACCGACGCUUCGGAGGCAUUUUCUGGUAAUAAUAAUAACAACUCAACCCAAGAUAUCACCAUCAAUACCGUUUUAUUAUCAUCAACUACAUCAAAAAAUAGUAAUCGUGGCGCAAACGACGAAAAUGGCACCGGAGAGGAAGAAGAAGACGCAAAUGCCUCAGAAGGGGCAGAAGUAGUAGACGGCAAUGAAGCCCAGAUAAUAAUUAAUUCUGCUGAAAGGUCGCCAACUAGUUCAGGAGGGAAAAGAAAGAAAAAGAAGAAGGGGAAAAAGGGGAAAAAGAGGAGCAAAGGAAAGAAAAGUGGUACAUCAUUCUAG